AUGAGAGACGCUGCUGGUGCUUAUCAUGCACCAACUGAUAUUCUCUCACUUUUGCUCUCUCUGCCUCUCUUUCUCUCUCUCACUUGCCCUCUCUCACCCCUGCCACUCUCUGGCCUCUCUCUCUCUCUCACUUGCCCUUUCUCACCCCUGCCACUCUCUGCUUCUCUUUCUCUCUCUCACUUGCCCUUUCUCACCCCUGCCACUCUCUGCCUCUCUUUCUCUCUCUCACUUGCCCUCUCUCACCCCUGCCACUCUCUGCUUCUCUUUCUCUCUCUCACUUGCCCUUUCUCACCCCUGCCACUCUCUGCCUCUCUCUCUCUCUCUCACUUGCCCUCUCUCACCCCUGCCACUCUCUGCUUCUCUUUCUCUCUCUCACUUGCCCUCUCUCACCCCUGCCACUCUCUGCUUCUCUUUCUCUCUCUCACUUGCCCUCUCUCACCCCUGCCACUCUCUGCUUCUCUUUCUCUCUCUCACUUGCCCUCUCUCACCCCUGCCACUCUCUGCUUCUCUUUCUCUCUCUCACUUGCCCUUUCUCACCCCUUCCACUCUCUGCUUCUCUUUCUCUCUCUCACUUGCCCUUUCUCACCCCUGCCACUCUCUGCCUCUCUCUCUCUCACUUGCCCUUUCUCACCCCUGCCACUCUCUGCCUCUCUUUCUCUCUCUCACUUGCCCUCUCUCACCCCUGCCACUCUCUGCUUCUCUUUCUCUCUCUCACUUGCCCUUUCUCACCCCUGCCACUCUCUGCUUCUCUUUCUCUCUCACUUGCCCUUUCUCACCCCUGCCACUCUCUGCUUCUCUUUCUCUCUCUCACUUGCCCUCUCUCACCCCUGCCACUCUCUGCUUCUCUUUCUCUCUCUCACUUGCCCUCUCUCACCCCUGCCACUCUCUGCCUCUCUCUCUCUCUCUCUCUCUCACUUGCCCUUUCUCACCCCUGCCACUCUCUGCUUCUCUUUCUCUCUCUCACUUGCCCUCUCUCACUCUGCCACUCUCUGCUUCUCUUUCUCUCUCUCACUUGCCCUCUCUCACCCCUGCCACUCUCUGCUUCUCUUUCUCUCUCUCACUUGCCCUCUCUCACCCCUGCCACUCUCUGCUUCUCUUUCUCUCUCUCACUUGCCCUCUCUCACCCCUGCCACUCUCUGCCUCUCUUUCUCUCUCUCACUUGCCCUCUCUCACCCCUGCCACUCUCUGCUUUGCCUCUCUCUCUCACUUGCCCUCUCUCACCCCUGCCACUCUCUGCUUCGCCUCUCUCUCUCACUUGCCCUCUCUCACCCCUGCCACUCUCUGCUUCGCCUCUAUCUAUCACUUGCCCUCUCUCACCAUCUCUGACCCUCUCUCCCUCCCUCACUCUCUCAUUUGCCGUCUCUCACCCUCUCUGCCCCUCUCUAUCUCCCUCACUCUCUCAUUUGCCAUCUCUCACCCUCUCUGCCCCUCUCCCUCCCUCACUCUCUCUCUCUCUCUCUCUCACCCUCUCCCCACUGCUCCCCCUCUCUUUCUGUGGCGCACUUUCACUUUCUGCCUUGUUUACCUUCUCUCACUCUUGGCCCUCCCUCCUUUCUCUGGAACAGAGUAGGGUGCACACAGUGCACACGCUCAACCUCCUACUGUCUCUCCUACUUCGUUUUUCUCUCACUCUGCCUGAGUCUCCCAUGGCUGACUGUCUCUCUGUCUUCAGUGAAGCUGGUGCUGUCUCUCUGUCUGUGUGUCUGUCCCCUGUGUGCAGCACAUGUUGAAGAGCUUCCUGUGGUGUGCCUACUGGGUAGGCUUGGGUAACCUGUCCUCUGUGGGACUGGGGACUGGCAUGCACACCUUCCUCCUGUACCUGCAGUGCGGAGCGGAAAAAUGGGGGCUGGCUGGCUCAAGAUCUGGGCUCCCAAACAUCUGGUAGUCUUUACGGCUUGUUCUGAGAGCAUUAUUAACACUUAGCCACCCAUCUGUCAUUUGGGAGCAGCGCAGUCACAGUCCCAUUGCAUCGCCCAGUGGAGCUGAACUGGAAACUGUCCUCCAUUCUGUGUCAUGGAGAGCACACUCAAAUGUCAUUUAAGACAUUUUUAUGUUGGAAUUUUUGUUGGGUGACCUGACUUACUUUCCAAGACGCCUGUCUGUUUCAAAGGAGGACGUCGCCAUCUUAUGGCCUUAUUGAUGGAUCAGUAGAUUUUCAGUGCUGUUUGAGGAAUCCGUUCAAGUUUCCUGCUUUUGAAUGUGGAGCUGAUUGAGACAGCUGGAUUUAUGGGGGCUAUUGCAGGGGAUGAAUUGAGUCAUUGUGAGUUUGUGCUCCCCUACCCACAGAGGCCUCGGUAGAACCAUAGAUUUAUGGUUAGAACACUGCUCCUUCUCUAAUCUAUCUUGUCCAUGUUCACUUCUACAGGAAAUGUUCACUACUACAGGAAACCAUAUGAAUGUUUGUUAUGAUUUUUGCAAUGUUUGAUGGUUGCAGCGACUUGUUUAUAGAAACGUUUGUGGUCAUACGCACAUCCUUAAAAAUGUAGGUGCUGGGCUAAUAAAGAAUACUUGUAAAGAA